AAAAAAUUUUAGCCAUAGACGAUUCAGGUUUGACCAAGAUUUAUACGGGAUUUGCAAAUUACAUUUACGUCACCUCGAGGCUAAUAUGCAUUUACAGUUGUACUACUGGAAUGUGCUUGGUGUGUCUUCAAUGUUUGCAUGGUUUCCUAGGCGACUACACCGACUCGGAAAAGCCCAUGAUAAUUAUGGCAUAUUUUCCAUUUGAUCAGCAGGUCCACUACAAGACAGCUCUGCUUAUCCAGACGAUUUUUCUAGCAAUCGCAGCGCUGUACUACUGCCUGACCCAAGUUACAUACAUCACGGCAGUCACUUACGUUAAAAUGGAACUGAAACUGUUGCAGUACCAGUUUAGGGAGUUCGAUCGGUUUAAGAUGAUUUAUAACAUCGUAGAUGAUGAAGUUAUGAUGAUUAAGCUGAUCCGGCGUCAUCAGUUUAUAAUUGGUUUCACCGCAGAAGUCAACAAAUUCUUAAGGCCAAUCUUAUUAGUAGAGUUCCUAUUAAGCUCGGUCAAUAUUUCUUUCGUGGUUUUACAACUUAUAUCGAGUGAAACAAAUAUGCCCCUACCUUUUACGUUAAAUUAUUUCGUUAUAUUGAUAGCCCAGUUACUUAUACUGGCCUGGCACGCGAACGAGAUCUCCAUAGAGAGUCUUGGUAUAUCAUCUGCCGUAUGGGAACAACCGUGGUACGAAAAGAGCGUGAAAAUCCAAAAGAUGAUGUAUAUGGUCGUAUGUCGGUCUCAUAAACCUUUAACUUUGACCAUCGGACCGUUCGGUAACCUUACUACUCAAACAGUAAUAAACGUGAGUAAAAUACACUACAUCGUAACGAGGGUAGAAAGUGACUCAAUGAAUGAUAAGAUAAUCUGUUAGAGAAAAACACACAUUCAUUGUUUUUAGGA